UACACGCACCGGAAGUGAUGGCGCUACGAACGCCUUUGGUUUAGUGCACCUGCGCCGCGAGCUCUUCCGGCAGCUGUGUUGCGCAAAUGGUGGAGAAGAAAACGUGUGUGCGUUCCCAGGACCCUGGCCAGCGGCGGGUGCUGGACCGGGCAGCCCGGCAGCGUCGAAUCAACAGGCAGCUCGAGGCCUUGGAGAAUGACAACUUCCAGGACGACCCCCACGCGGGUCUCCCCCAGCUCGGCAAGAGGCUGCCUCAGUUUGAUGAUGAUGCGGACACUGGAAAGAAAAAGAAGAAAACGCGCGGUGAUCACUUUAAACUUCGCUUCCGAAAGAACUUCCAGGCCUUGCUGGAGGAGCAGAACCUGAGUGUGGCUGAGGGCCCCAAUUACCUGACGGCCUGCGCAGGGCCCCCAUCCCGGCCCCAGCGCCCCUUCUGUGCUGUGUGCGGCUUCCCCUCCCCAUACACCUGUGUCAGCUGUGGCGCCCGCUACUGCACCGUGCGCUGUCUGGGCACCCACCAGGAGACCAGGUGUCUGAAGUGGACGGUGUGAGCCUAAUGUCCCUAGAAGGAAGCCCCAGUCCCCCACCAGCCUCUGAAGAGCAUGACCAAGAGGGGCGCCCCCUGAUGGAGGAGCUGUUCACUCAGCCACAAAGCUGUGUCUUGCCCAGGAGGCAAGGCUUCCUCAGGAACUGUGGGCAGGGGGCCAGCCGCAGAGCACUAUGGGAAUAAAAGGCCUGGUGCCAAGAGCC